UUCCUCUUGUUGGUUUGGUUUCGACUGCUUAUUUCUGUAGCAUUUUAAUUCAUCAGUUCAUAACAAUCAAUUUUGAUAUAAUUGAUUAUUUCCCCCGAUUUUUGUUUACCUUUCGACCGCAUUUCCCUUGAUGAGCAUCUCAUUUUGCGGAGAACGACAGCAAAUUUAUAAAUUAAACAGGAUUAAUUUACACGAUGCCUUCUGUGCUACUAUCAGAAUCUUUUAUUGCAGAAUUAAGUGCUGCUGAAUCUUGGCCUGAUGAUGCUAAAUUAUACCAACCUUUUGAAGUGGAACAGAUACUGUUACCUGAUAAUGCUGCCUGCCUAAGUGUUAAAGCUUUCUUGCGUAUGUGUGGUCUAAAUUUCCAAGUAGAGAUGAGGACAAAUGCUGAAAGCAUGUCACCCUCUGGUAGUGUUCCAUUUGUAAGGUGUGGAAAUUUUGUUGUAGCAGAUGUAGAACCAAUCAUAAAUUUUGUCCACACUAAGGGUAUAAGCUUAAGUAGCCAUCUAGAUAAUUCUGGAAAAGCAGACAUGAGAGCUUACAUAUCUUUAGUAAAUAUUGUUUUACACAAUGCUGAGCUCUUUGUGUCUUGGUGUGACAAACCUACUUAUCAUGAAGUGACUCACCCAAGAUUUACUUCUUGUCUUCCAUGGCCUGUGAAUCACAUUAUUUGCUGGCAAACAAAGAAUGCUAUGAAGCAAAAGUUAAAAUCAGUGGAUUGGAAUAACAAAUCACUCGAAGAUAUUUAUGAAAUGGUUGACAACUGUUGCCAUGCUUUGUCUGAGAGACUUGGAGCACAAAAAUUCUUUUUUGGUGACAAGCCAACAGAACUUGAUGCCAUAGUAUUUGGUCACCUGUUUGCUAUCCUGACAACUCCUCUACCCGACAAUCGACUUUGCACUAUUUUGCGAGAAUACCAAAAUUUAGUAGAUUUGUGCCAACAUAUUGACAUUAAUUAUUUUCAGAAACAUGCAGCUGAAGAAGAAAUAGACAUUGAAAAUCUUGUACUUGAUGAAUAAUUAUUUUAUGUUCAGGUUUAAGUCUUUUUUUUUUAAUUGACUCCACAUAUUAAGAUCUGAAUGAAAGGUGCAAAUCGAGGGAUGUCGAUAUCUUGUCACUUGAGGAUGGUAGUUCUUGGUUAUUUAUUGAAUUAUUAGCAUUUAAAUGUUUCUCUUUGAGUUAUCUUACAUCAAGGACAAAUGCUGAGUUUGAAUUGCCUCACUUUAUUUUUAGUUUUGAGAUAAAAGCCAAAAAUUUAAUUAUUUGUUAUGUUUUGCUUUGAAUUUAACAUCUUGGUUAUUACUUUUGGUUAUAUAUUGAUAGUUGUCAGAAUAUAAAAACGCUGUAGAUGUAAAAUGAUUUGAAAUAUAAUAGUUUAUUCUAUA